AUGACCACAGGGAUCUUCUGUGCUGAGUGGGGCAGUGGCAGUGGUGAGGGGCCCUCUUUGGGAAAACCAGUGCCCACUGGUGAGGUUGUCUACGUGGAAAACCAGCAGAAUCUGCAGCGCCUGGAGCUCAGUGACCUUCAGGGCCUGAGGGAGCUAAGAAACCUCACCAUCGUGAAGAGUGGCCUUCGCUUUGUGGCUCCAGAUGCCUUCCGUUUCACUCCUCAACUCAGUCGCCUGAAUCUAUCUUUCAAUGCUCUGGAGUCUCUGUCUUGGAAAACGGUGCAGGGUCUCUCCCUACAGGAGCUAGACCUGUCGGGGAACCCUCUACGAUGUUCCUGUGGCCUGCAGUGGCUUCAGCGCUGGCAAGAGGAAGGGCUGGGCAGGCUGCAUGCCCAGAGGCUCCAGUGUGCCAGGUCCCUCACCCUCAGGCACAACACCAGCUGUGGUGUGCCCACGCUGAAGGUCCAGAUGCCGAACACCUCUGUGGAAGUGGGGGACAGUGUCCUGCUGCAAUGCCAUGUGUCUGGGCAGGGGCCACAGGAUGCUGGCUGGAUUCUCACCGAGCUAGAUGGUACAGCUACAGUGAUGACAUCUGGAGAUCUGCCGUCCCUGCAGCUGAUGCUGGCCAAUGUCACCAGUGACCUCAACAGGAAGAAUGUGACAUGCUGGGCAGAAAACGAUGUGGGCCGCACUGAGAUCUCUGUCCAGGUCAAUGUUUCCUUCCCUGCCAGUGUGCACCUAGGUAUGGCUGUGAGGCAGCACCAGUGGUGCAUCCCCUUCUCUGUGGAUGGGCAGCCGGCACCCUCCCUCCGCUGGCUCUUCAAUGGCUCCAUACUCAAUGAGACCAGCUUCAUCUACACCCAUUUCCUGGAGUCAUCCUUGACCAACGAGACAAUGCAGCAUGGUUGCCUUCGCCUCAACCAGCCCACGCAUGUCAACAAUGGGAACUACACCCUGGUGGCUGUCAACCCUUAUGGCCAGGCGUCUGCUUCUGUUAUGGCUGCCUUCAUGGACAACCCUUUUGAGUUCAACCCUGAGGACCCCAUCCCUGUCUCCUUCUCUCCAGUGGACACUAACAGCACAUCUAGAGAUCCAGUGGAGAAAAAGGAUGAAACACCUUUUGGGGUCUCGGUGGCCGUGGGCCUGGCUGUCUUUGCCUGCCUGUUUCUUUCUGCUCUACUCCUUGUGCUCAACAAAUGUGGACAGAGGAGCAAGUUUGGCAUCAACCGUCCUGCUGUGCUGGCUCCAGAGGAUGGGCUGGCCAUGUCCCUGCAUUUCAUGACAUUGGGUGGCAGUUCACUUUCCCCUACUGAGGGCAAAAGCUCUGGGCUUCAAGGCCACAUCAUCGAGAACCCACAGUACUUCAGUGAUGCCUGUGUUCAUCAUAUCAAACGCCGGGACAUCGUGCUCAAGUGGGAGCUGGGCGAGGGCGCCUUUGGGAAGGUCUUCCUCGCUGAGUGCCACAACCUGCUGCCUGACCAGGACAAGAUGCUGGUGGCUGUCAAGGCACUGAAGGAGGUGUCUGAGAACGCUCGACAAGACUUCCAGCGUGAGGCCGAGCUGCUCACCAUGCUCCAACACCAGCACAUUGUGCGCUUCUUUGGUGUCUGCACCGAGGGCCGCCCACUGCUCAUGGUCUUUGAGUACAUGCGGCAUGGGGACCUCAAUCGCUUCCUCCGGUCCCAUGGGCCAGAUGCCAAGCUGCUGGCUGGUGGGGAGGAUGUGGCUCCAGGCCCCCUGGGCCUCGGGCAGCUGCUGGCAGUGGCUAGCCAGGUGGCAGCAGGGAUGGUGUACCUGGCCAGUCUGCACUUUGUGCACCGGGACUUGGCCACCCGCAACUGUUUGGUGGGCCAAGGACUAGUGGUCAAGAUCGGGGAUUUUGGCAUGAGCAGAGACAUCUACAGCACUGACUAUUACCGCGUGGGAGGCCGCACCAUGCUGCCCAUCCGCUGGAUGCCACCCGAGAGCAUCCUCUACCGCAAGUUCACCACUGAGAGCGACGUGUGGAGCUUUGGCGUAGUGCUCUGGGAGAUCUUCACCUAUGGCAAGCAGCCCUGGUAUCAGCUCUCCAACACUGAGGCGAUCGAGUGCAUCACACAAGGACGGGAGUUGGAGAGGCCACGUGCCUGCCCGCCAGAGGUCUACGCCAUUAUGCGGGGCUGCUGGCAGCGGGAACCCCAGCAGCGCCACAGUAUUAAGGAUGUCCAUGCCCGCCUGCAAGCCCUGGCCCAGGCACCACCCGUCUACCUGGACGUCCUGGGUUAGGGGCUGGGGCAGAAACUGGAAUAUUCCUGGCUACCUCCUUAGCUCCCAGUAACCCCAGGGUGAUCUCAAAGCAUCUAACUCGCCCUCAGCAUGUGGAGGGGACAGGUGGGGGGCUGGGAAUGGAUGAUGUUCCUGC